AUGCUCUCAAUGCAGACUUCCAACAUCGCAGACCCUCUUCGUCGUCAUGGUGACGGACCCAGCAUGAACAAUCAACAUCAGUCUCUACUAUUCCAGCUGCCACGAGAGCUGCGGGAUAAAAUCUAUGAGUACUACACGCAUCAAGAGCAAGGGUAUAUCUACGAUCCAUCGGCCCAGAAGUUUCGGCUCGCCAACGGACAGAAGAUCGAUGUCGCGUUGAUCUACACCUGCAAAAGAGUGGCUCAAGAGAUAGACGGUUUGGCGUUUGAAUCGAACACGCUCCGAUUCAGCGUCCUUCCGCAGAUUCCUGGCACUGAGACUUCAAGCUCUGUAGCCUUUUUCUACCGCAGUCUCCUGGAAGGGCGCAACAUGUGUCUCCGGAUUAUGUUGUCAUAUGCAUAUCCCCUUGUCACACGAGAAGCCUUGAGAGAGCUGCGAUCGAGAUAUUCAGGUAACACGGCAGUGGAAGAGCUAGAGAAAACGAUUAUCAGGGAGGGUAGAGCGAGCUUGAAGGAAGGCCGCCUUUACCCUGUGUCUAGAUUGGAUUAUCUCAUCAAAGACGCUAUACUUCAGGAUCUCAUUCAGAUUAUUGCGAGGCAUCCAGCGUUCGAGCGCCUUGUUUUGGGAGAGUACGAUCCAUCCGCCAAGACGAGUGCUCCAUUGGACUAUGACCCGGUUACGGAUGACGAGGACGAAUCCGAGGACGAGGAUAAUGACAACGACCAGGGCAGAAGUCGCUCUCGGCCAUCGGUAUACACGAGAGACACCCUAUACCAGAUUAUCGAGUGGAGGCCCACGUAUUGGUGGAUUCCGGAGAAAAAGGACCUUGAUAAGGUCGCGAAAUAUGUUCCACAAGCACCAGAACUCGGGACUCGCCAUAAUGGUCGCGUCAAGAGAUUCAAAAGAUACUUCUCGGCAGCGGCAGCUGCCAUUCAAUUCCUUGAGCGCCUUACGCCCAAAAAGCGCGCCCAAGUGCGCAAAAUUGUUAUUCAGGAAGAUUACGCGAGCUUAGGAAUCUCCCAGAACCACACGAGCCACACGAGCUUAGCACUCUCCCAGACCCACGCACGCGGGCUUAUUCCAUAUUUGCUCGAGAAUCCUAGACUUCGGAUAGAGCGACGCGUCGACAUCUGGGGGACUGUGCUUAUCCCUAAUCGCGAACGUUCCUACGGUGUCGAGCGCUGUCUCUGGGAUGUUGCAACGUGGAUACACGAAGCAAGUAUACCAUGGAUUAUGGAACUGCCAACGGGUUCUUUCUCCUUGGUCUUACAUGGCCCUAACGAGAGAGCCAGUGAGCUUCUCUGCAAUGCCAUGCGACAGGCUGCAAUGUGGCAGGACGGCGCUGAAGAACUGACACGCCGGGGGACCAUGCAGAGGAUGACUCCUAUAGCCGAUGACUUCGUCGACGUUAUAAAGGCGGUGGUGCGCGGCGAUGUUCCGGUGCGUUUCGAGGCAGGCGUGCCCGAGCUAUGGGAUAUAGACGAGAUCUUGCGCGAGCAGUCCGACCAGUGGCCAUACGCAGUUGAUAGAUUGAGAUGCGUUACUGUUUUUCAUUUCGGUAUACCGCCUGAUGGAGGCUGGGACUCGGUUCGCUCAGAGCAGAUGGAGGAGAUUGAGUGGACGGAUGGAAUGGUCGUUCGGGGUCUAUUUGAAACGGAAGAUUAG